AUGCAGGCUCUGACCGUUGUCGCCUUCCUCGGCCUCGUCGCCGCUGCCAUGGCCGGCUAUGCUGCAGUGGCCCCAGUUGCUGUGGCUGCCUACGGCCAUGUUGCUCCCGCCUACGGCUAUGGUCACGGUCAUGGCUACGGCCAUGGCUAUGCCGCCCCAGUUGCAUCCGUCCAUGUCUCCAAGACGGUCCACGCUGCUCCAGCUUACGGGUACGGCCACGGUUAUGGUUACGGAGCUCGUGCUUACGGCUAUGGCCACGGCUACGGUGGUUACGGACUGGGAUACGGUGCAGGCUAUGGCUAUGGUCUUGGCCAUGGAGGUUAUGGGUACGGUGGUCUUGGCUACGGCCACGGCUACGGCCAUGGCUAUGGUCACGGCUACGGUUACUACGGUUGA